ACUACGAGUAAUUUGUAUCGAAAUGCACAGUUGGCUUCGAUGUAAUGUGAUAGUUCUUGUGGUUGGAUUUCAAUUAGAUCUCUUUAUUUAGCGAUGGCUGAGAAGUGUGGAUCAGAGAAAGCAUCAAGCUCUUCACCGAACCUGAUAUGUCCAUUAUGUCUUGAUAUAUUUGUCGAGGCGACAAUCUUAACAUCAUGUGGACACACAUUUUGUAGGCGAUGCCUCAAGAAAUACGAUCUAACCCACCAGGACCUUGAUCACAUGGUCUGUCCUCUCUGCAGGGAGAUCACCAAGUUGUCCGCCAACCGUGUCGAUGAUCUCCGCCUCAAUGUCUCCAUCAACGGAUGCGUAGACGAUUACCACGCCAAGUGUGGAGGGAUGAAUGCUGUCCUUGAGAUGUGCCAGAAAUGCACCGCUUGCAAGUCUCUGAAAGACGCUGUAUCAUUCUGCAGAACAUGUAAUUGUUUUAUGUGUGAUGAGUGCUUACAUUGCCAUCAACAUCUUACCACGUUGUUUGACGGUCAUGAGAUCGUAUCAAUGGAUGAUGUCAUCGAAGAAAAGGUCAGCAUUGGUCAUUUAUUCGAGAAGUGUUCCAUCCACAAACAAGAAAACAAAGAUAUGUUUUGUGAGGAUUGUAAGGUCCAUGUCUGUCAAAAGUGCGCACUCGUUGAUCAUCAAAAUCACAAAAUCAAGAACCAGGUUGACUUUGAGCAGGAGUUGCGACGGAAGGUGACAGGACUUGCCCAACGCUGCGCUGACAAGAAAGCAGAGCUAGAGAAGAACAUUCAGAACAUAGAAAUACAACGUCAUGAGGUACACACUGCAGUGCAAACACUACUAGAUGAUGUCAGACAAGCCUACAGCAUCAAGGCCAAGGAGCUGGAAGAAAAUCUUCGAAGUCUUACCGACCAAAUAAAUGCCUUAGAACGUAGUUUUGAUGACGACCUCGACGUCUUGAAGUCAAAAGAUCGACAGAGGAUCAAGAGUAUUUGUAGCUCAAUUACUUUGGUAGAUAAUGACAGACUGGGUCAUCUUGAGACAGACACUCUAUCUGCUCAUAUCUUGCUCUGUGAGGAGCUGGAUGCCAUGCUGAAGGAGGUUUCCCGUCACACUUCUGCGGAAGCUAUUAAGAAGAAAGCACAGGAGAAGAGGUUCAAACCAGCGGACUGUACUCGUCUUGACCUCGGGAGUAUCUCAGGAUCAGAUCCCAAGAUGGAAGUCAUUCAGUGUGUUGAUCUACGGGAAGGGGUGCAAGGUAUGGCCCGGUACUCGCAAAGCACUGUCGCUAUCGGGUAUGGGGGGAGUGCACAAGGUAUUGAUAUCAUUGAUUCAAAUGGUGGUAAGCAGCAGUAUAGUAACACACCCUUAAGUGACAUGAAAUGUUGUGAUCUGGUCUUGCAACGGGACGGGAGGUUAUGCGUGUCUACUGGUAAAACAGAAGCCCACAUCUAUUCUCCCCUUGGCUCCAGGAAAGCUACAAUCCACGUGAGAGGCAAUGGAUAUUAUCUCGGAGUUAACAGGAGUCCAACAGAUGAAAUCAUCAUUACUAACUAUGGAAAACAAGUCUAUAUGUAUGACCCGACGGGAUCCACUCUUAAACACACUGUUCAAACAAAGCACAGUGCGUAUCAGGCAUCUACCACCAGGACGGGUUUGAUUGUCACCAGUUCAUGUUUUGACGAUCCAAGCGUGGUGACGGUCUAUGACAGGGAUGGGAAUGCUGGUGAGUCUCUACAAGCUCCAGAGGAUGUCCACCUGUAUGCUGCCGUGGAUGAGCAGGACAGGGUGUAUGUAGCGAGUGUUGAUAAGAAGAAUAGUAGCGUAGUGAUCAGACUCUAUGAUCUUGAUGGUCUGAACAUGAGGGAAAGAGUUGAGUUCAAUGCACUAGAUAUGACAUUGGAUAGUUAUUGGUGUUACUUGGUUUCCCUCUCCCCAGACAUGCUCGCCUUUGCUUGUAACAAGAAGUUAUAUUUCAUCAAAGUAUCACUGUAAUCCACGUUAUAUCACACCAUGUAGUAUGGAAACUGACGUGCUUUCACCCUGCUACAAAUCUACUUUAACAGGUUUCGAUAUUCAAUACUUCAUGUAUAUUACUUACGAUAUGAAACCUUUUCCUAAUGACAAAGUCAGUUAAUGUGAUACAGAUACAAUAAAAAUUUAAUUCGUAGAAAAAAAAAGUAUGUUUCGCAGCCAGAAGCUGGAUAAAAUAUG